AUGGACAAAAAGAAAACUAAAAAUAUGGCAAAUAUGGUUUCAGAAUGGAUAAGUAAAAAUGAAAAGGAUAUAAAUAGAAGUACUUUUUUAUUUACAAUGGAUGAGAACAAUUCGCAAGAUAUAGGGCCUUCCUUGUUAGAAGGAACAAGCACAGAAGAGCUGACUCGCAUGGACACUGCAUAUGAGUUUAUGCAGAGGGGUGCAGAAUGUCUUUUGCCUCUAAUGGAGGAGGAGCUAAGUGCGCUAUCUUCUCAAUAUGAAAGGGCAAAACCAGAGGACCAAAAGAAGUUCUUAAAGAUAUUCUCAAGAUAUUUAAAGACUAGGUCAGACAAAAUCGAUUGGUCUAAAAUAGCACCGCCACCUGCAGAGAUGAUGGUCGAGUAUGAGUCAAUUCAGGCACCGCCAGCAGAGAAUAUUUCUGAAAUGCUUAAUAAGCUUGCUGUGCUAAAGCUAAAUGGCGGCCUUGGCACAUCAAUGGGCUGCACAGGGCCUAAGAGUGCAAUUGAGGUGAAGAACUACUUGAACUUCAUCGAUCUGACUGUUCGGCAGCUGGAGCACUUCAACACAAAGUACGGCACAAAUGUUCCUCUUGUGUUGAUGAACAGCUACAAUACGCACCAGCAAACAAGAAAGCUAACAAGUAAGUACAGCGGGGUUUGGUCCUUCGAGCAGAGUGUUUUCCCAAGGAUAUUUGAGGACACACUGAUGCCGGUGCUGUCAGAUCCGUCUGUUAAAGAGGCCGACGGGUGGUAUCCACCUGGGCAUGGGGACUUGUAUGACUCCUUGUACGACUCAGGCAUGCUGGAGAAGCUUUUGGAGGAAGGAAAGGAGUAUCUAUUUGUGAGCAACAUAGACAACUUAAAAGCAGGGAUAGACCUGUCCAUUCUGCAGUAUGUAAUAAAGGAUGAAGUUGAUUUCUUAAUGGAGGUGACAAAGAAGACAAGAGCAGAUGUUAAAGGCGGCACUCUCAUUGAAUAUAAUAACGCUUUGCAGCUUCUGGAAAUAGCACAAGUGCCAGCAGAGAACAAAACAGAUUUCACGAGCAUUCGGAAAUUCAAGAUAUUCAAUACAAACUCCAUCUGGAUACAUCUUCCAUCUCUAAAGAAAGUUCUAGACCAGAACAUCAUGGAGCUGGAGAUAAUCGAAAACAAGAAGAAGCUUCCAAAUGGCGAGAGUGUAAUCCAGCUAGAAACAGCAAUUGGAGCCUCCAUUCGAUACUUCUCAAAUGCAAAGGGAUUGGUUGUUCCUAGGAGCAGAUUCCUUCCUGUUAAAACAUGCAGCGAUCUGUUCCUGCUCCAAAGCACGCUGUUUAAAAUAGCGCACGGAACUCUAACAAUUUCCCCCAACAGAAUUACGGACAGCAUUCCUAUCAUUCGGCUAGUGGGAGACUGUUUCAAAACUGUUUCAAACUACAGAGCCCACGUCCAUGGGCCAGUGACUAUUGAUGAUCUAGACCACCUAACAAUCAGUGGAAAUGUAACACUGGGGAAAAAUGUAGAGCUAAAAGGAACAGUGAUUAUAAUUGCAGAUGAAGGCAAGUCCAUCCAUAUUGCAGAUGGAACUGUGCUGGAUGACAAGGUGGUGACCGGAAAUUUAAAUGUAAUUGAUCACUAG